GGCAUGCACCGUAUGUUGGGGUGUGACUGUGUGCUGAAACGCUGCCACUAGCAGAUCAGUUCUUCAUCAGGGUAUGGAGCAGAAGCCACCUUUGCAUUUGACAGCGGAGAGGAGGCUGACCACACAACAAUGCAGCCUCCAUUUCAGAAUGAUGAUUUAGACCUGGAAGCAGCUGUAGCGAGCGCCCGCCCCCAGCUAGUGGAGUUCCUCAGUCACCAUCUCGGCUGGCUGCUCACGACCUCCCGACGCUUUCUCCCAGGGAUGGCCCUGAAUGGCCUGGAUGGCAUCACCGACCACAGAGAAAAAGUCUCAGUGCUUCUUGACCUGCUGGAAAAGGCUGGCCCUGCCACCUGGAAACAGUUUGCACAGUACCUCUGCAUGGAGUGCGACCUCCCCCUGGAUCUGGAGAUACUGCUCAUAAGUUCUGCGGGAGAAGGUAACUUCAGCCAGAAACAAGAAGCAGGCACAGAUGUGAGUGCCCGGCCGUCUGUGCCAAAAGGGUUUGCUGGCCGCCGCCGCCAUCGCAGCAGCUCUGUGAGUGAUAAGGAUAUUAAGCAGCAACGACUAGAUUCAGCUGGGAAGUACCGGCAUCUCCUCAUCGAUUCUAUCCAGCAGAGGUAUGGAAGCAGGAGAGCAGCAGGAGCAGCAGCACAGCAACAAACGCAGCCACUGGCUUUCAGCCAAGCCUUUGUCAACCUUGUCAUCCGGCACAGCAAAGCCUCCCACUUAAAAGAGAGAACAGAUAAACCCCGACAAGAUGUGGCAGGUGCUCCUGAACCAGAAGAAUGUGCAGAUACAGCCGUGAAAGUGUCAGAUCUGUUUUGUAGUGUGGUCCCAUCGGGCACGACGAAGGUGAUCUUUUUGUUUGGUAAACCAGGUACAGGCAAGACCAUGCUAAUGCACAGGAUUUGUCAGAAAUGGGCAGAAGGUGUCCUACCUCAGUUUCUCUUCACUUUCCUGUUUGAGUUUCGGCAGCUGAAUUUAUUAAAAAGAAAAUUGACUCUGAAGGAGCUUUUGUUUGACCUGUUCCUUCAGCCAGAAGACAGCCCUGAUGCAGUGUUCCAGAACCUCCUGGAAAAUGCCUGGCGUACACUGAUCAUCUUUGAUGGGCUGGAUGAGUUUGCAGCUAACAUGGACUUGUCAUCCUCUUCUAAGGGAGGCCCAACUCUUACCUCCCAUAUGUCAAUAUCUGAGCUCUUUGUAGACCUCUGUCACGGGAAGCUCCUGCCUGGUUGCACAGUGUUGGUCACCAGCCGACCUAAGAGACUGCCUAACUUCUUAUUAAACACAGUAGAUCUGCUAGCAGAAAUUUGGGGAUUUGACCAUGAGAAGGUUGAAGAAUACGUCAGUCACUAUUUUCAUCAGCAUUCAUUCAAAGAACAAGCCAUUGCUCACCUGAAGAACAACACCAAGCUCCUCAGCAUGUGCCUCAUCCCUGCUCUGUGUUACGUUGUGUGCGUCUGUUUGGAGUAUUUGCUCCUUAAACAUCAGAGGAGUGUGGAGCUCCCUCAGACUAUGACACAGUUUUAUAUCAAAAUGCUUCUCAUCUUCAUAAACAAACAGCAGGGAGAGCAUGCCGAUGGCGAGGUGACUCAGCUGAACUGCAACAAGAAGGCCAUUUUGGGUCUGUGUGAUCUUGCACUGAAAGGCCUGGAAGAUAAGAAGCUUGUAUUUUAUGUUGGUGAUAUUCCAGAGCACGUGAAGGAAUUUGCUUCCUUACAUGGAUUGCUGACUGUCUUUGAGGUGAAGACGAGUGGCACUUGCCCAGAGGCUGGCUAUGCCUUUGUGCACUUGAGUUUGCAGGAGUUUUUUGCAGCGCUGUGUCUCAUGGUAAGUAAGAGGGUGGACAAGAACUACCUGAAGAAGAAGUUCUCUUUGAAGUCAAAGUGGACUUUAAAGAAUGAGGCAAAGACCGAGUUGAUGGAGAGUUUUCACAUCUUUCUCUCAGGCUUGUCAUCAAAAGAAUGUAGGACAUUUCUCAUGCUGCUAGCUGAACAAGAUGAAGCUUGGGUGCAGGAUAAGCAGGACACAAUCCUGCAGUCUCUCAAGAAACUGGCAGCCACUCAUCUGACAGGGCCUAAGGUCAUUGAGCUCUGCCACUGCACAUUUGAAACGCAAGACCUUAAAGUAGCCCAGCACAUCGGGAGCCUGCUGAAUUUCAAGUACGAGUUUAAAAACUUCAGACUGACACCUCUGGACAUGUCGGCUUUGGUUUUUGUCAUAAACUCGGGCCAGGAUUUGACUUACUUGGAUUUUGCAGGAUGUCUCAUGGACAUUGACUCUUUGGAGGUUCUGGCCGGCUGUAACAAUAUAGAGCACUUGAGCUUUCGUAGUAGGAGAUGUGGCGAUGACUUUGCUUCUGCUCUUUCAACGAGCUUACGAGGAAUGGGGAGCCUGAAGAAACUAGAGUUGACGGGCGGGAGCAUCACGGCUGAGGGGAUGACUAACUUGGUCCAGGCUUCAUCACAGUGCCUCCAGCUUGAGGAAAUAAACUUGCAGGACAAUCGGAUACGGGAUCCGGAGGUGAAGAGGGUGAUGGACCUGUUCUCCAGAAUGGAAAAGCUGAAGAAAAUAGAUCUGAGCAACAACGACCUUUCCUUGAAUGCUGUUCUCAUUUUGGCAAAGGAAGUCAUCGCGUGUCAAAACGCCGCUGAACUGCGUGUCAGGAAGGACACAGUGAUGAUAUAUUUUUCUGGCCCAUCUGGGAAAGUUCCAAGAUCUUUGGAUUUGAGGUGGGAAGAGAGGAAGGAACAUGUAAUUCCAACUAGACAUGUGAAGUUAUGCUUGCAGGAUCGCAGCCUGUCUUCCCAACAUGCAAAGGAGAUCGUUGCCAUUCUCCAGAGCUGUCCCUGUCUCUCCGAAGUGGAUUUAUCAGGUAACAAGCUUGGAGAUGAAGGCUGCAGUUGCCUGCUGGAAAGCCUCCCUUGGAUACCAAUUUCAAAGCAGCUGGAUCUCAGUCAAAACUGCCUCUCUGUUAAUGGCAUUUGCAGUCUGUUGAAGUCAGUAAAUACCUGCCAGAAGAUGAUGGAGGUACAAGUCAGCCUUUGUCAUGAGACUGCAGUCCUGAGGUUUACAGAAAACGGAGAGUUUGCUUCCCUUCCUCCUAGGGAAGAGCCUGUGUUCUCUACCGAUGACCAACAGUAUGGAGAGGAAAACCAGACACCUACUGCUUCCAAAAAAAUAAGACUGACAGACAGUCAUUUUCAAGCCAGUGACCUGGAGAAGCUGUAUGCAGUCCUGAAGGAAUGUAGCAGCAUCUCCGAGCUGGACCUAUCAAAUAAUUAUCUGGGAGACGAGGGACUUCUGCAGCUGUUUCAGUUCCUCCCGAAUUUGAAAAUGUUAAGUUCUCUCAAGCUUAAUGACAACCAGAUCUCCCUGAACUCUGUGUUUUUCUUAGCUCAGUCCUUAUCUACAUUGGAACACAUUAAAAGAAUGAACCUCAGCUUAGGACACAGGCAGGUGGUUCAUCUAACCUUUUGGGAAAGAAUCAGGGUCAGAAGUACCAGCAGAUGGAGAAGUAGUUUCCUGGCGCAUCCCAAGCACGUAGCAGCAGGACGGUGCUUUCGUCUCAGGGACUGCGGAGUGGGUCCAGAGGACGUGACCAGGCUGUGCCAGAUACUGGCUCAAUGUCCCCAGCUGACAGAAAUUGAUCUGUCUGGAAAUUCAUUGAGUGACCAGAGCGUUGAGAGAUUACUGAGCUUCCUGCCAUACCUCUGUCAUCUGACACUGCUGAGUAUUAGGAACAACACAUUUUCCCCACGUUGCACUGUCUCACUCAUCAACUCCAUCAAUCUCUGUGGGCGGAUCAGAAUGGUAGAAGUCCGGUCAAGUGAAAAUGCUUUUUUGCAUUUAGGAGCAAGCACGCAAAGCCAAAAGACAUCCUGCAGACUGACGGACUGUGCCAUCGGUCAAGGGCAGAUAGAUGAGCUCUGCAGAGUCCUGGAGCAGCGUGGGUGGCUGGCAGAAGUAGAUCUCUCCAGGAAUCAGCUGGGAGAUGACGGCCUGAGGUGCUUCUUGGACCGCUUGCAUCGAGUGCCUGUUACCUGUUCCCUCAAUCUCAGCCAUAAUAGGAUUUCUCAGGAUGGAGUUCUGCAUCUCAUAAAUGCCUUUGCCACAUCUGGAAAUACCACUGAAGUUCAAGUCAGUUUGUGCUCCAAAGCAACUUUAAUCAUCAAGUUGACAAGCAGAGAUGACCCAAGAAAGAUUUUGAGACUUGCAGAGUGCAACUUUCAGCCAGAGCACUUGGAAAAGUUGUGCUUGCUCCUGGAAAAGUGCACGGGUCUGACAGAGUACAUAUCCUCAAAUAACAACGUGACAGUCCAAGCUGCAGAAAGACUUUUGCAUUCACUGAGGAAUAAUCUGGGUCUUCUGAAAAUGAGCAUAGAAGAGCCAUGGGUAUGUAAAGAAAGUGUCACAAACCUUCUUGAGCUGGCUGUCCAGGCCUCUGGAAACAUUACUGAGAUCACGAUAUGUAAAGAUAAAACCCUCUUCCAAUUAGGCGUAAGGUUCCCACACUGCCUGGAGAAGGUGGAAUCAGUCGUCAGCAGAUUGAAUCUGCACAAGCCAGAAAUCAAGCAUGCUUGCUUCUACCAAAGGGUUCGUGAAAAAUGUGCUCAGCUUCAGGAAUUGAGAUGGUCUCAUGUUGAGCUCCACAAUGAUGAAGCAGAAAUGCUAGUCAAGAUUUUGCUACCUCUUCCAGAGCUGAAGAAGUUUGGGCUGACCUCUAGCAGUAUUAUGCCGACUGGAAUUGAUUACUUGAUCAUGGGCUUGCAGAAUUGCCAGGCCAUUGAAGAGCUCAACCUGGGCCACAUGAAACUCAGCGGUGCUGCCAUUCCUAAACUUGUGCUGGCACUUUGUGAAAUGCCAUCUCUGAAAAGGCUUAUCUUGAACCAUAACAGUAUUGGUAAUGAUGGCUGCUCCAGACUCACAGAAGCCUUGAGGAAUAUGCACUACUUGGAGGAAAUCAAGCUGAAAAUGCAAAACCUGAAGAGAAUCGACCUUUCAGGGAACAGUCCUAGUCCUGCUGGAGGGGAAAAGCUGAUGGGAGCUCUUGCCUGUUGCCAACGCAUCGAGGAGUUACUACUAUCAAGGAAUGUUUUUGGAGACAGGACGGCAGUGGAACUUGCCCUCUGCCUGCCUCACACGACCAACCUCAAGGUCCUGCACUUGCAGAACAAUGACAUUGGGCCAGCAGGAGGGAUGAAGCUGGCCAGAGCCCUGGUGGUGUGUGGGCUGCUGGAAGAGAUAAGUUUAUCAGAAAAUGACCUUGGGGAAGGAAGUAUCCAUGCCCUGUCCGAGGGGCUGCCACGCUUUGAACACCUCCGGAAGAUCGACUUGAAACUCUGUGGAAUCACUGAUGAUGCUUCAAAAUCACUUUCUCACGGCUUUCGACAAUGCCCUUCCAUGGAGGAGAUAAUACUGUCUUGGAACGCCCUUGGUGACGGAGGAGCCCGAGAGUUGGCCGGUGCUCUCCCAGGGAUGGAAAAGCUGAAGAUGUUAGAUCUGGAGAAAAAUCGCAUUGGCGCCUGCGGGGCCACAAAGCUAGCAGAGCAACUCGCCAAAUGCCCGGAAAUUCAGUUCAUAAGGCUGUGGGACAACCCAGUGUCCAAGGGCCUCGCUGAGAAGUUGACAAGCCAAGAUCCAAGACUAUGUUUCUCCUAGCAAAGAAGAGCCCUUGCCUGAGUAGGAAUUGCUCUCUGUCUCCCACCACCCUCAAAAAUUGCACUGACGAACCCGGGAGAUUGAAGUCCCUACGGUUAAAAACUGUAACUAUUAGGUCUUCCUUUGUUGCACUGAACCACGUGUGAACACUUAGUGGUGUUUUGUUUCUUG